UCGGCGAGCUCGAACCGCAACAAACAAGAUAAAUCACGGAGCGUUUUCAUGAAUUUAAUGUGAUAGUUCUGCUAUGAAUAAAUCAUCGAAAAUCAACGUUAAUGCCUCUUCAUUGGUUGGCUUGAAGGCCGAGCUUUUUAAGAAGCAGGAGCAACUAAAGAGAGACCGUCUUCAACCUGGAAGCAGCGCUUCAUCCAGUAAAAACAGACAUGGAGAAUCUAAGAAGCCAUCCAUCUGGAACAAGAAGAAUGCUGGAGUGAAACAAAGAGCGGAGAAGGACCUAGAGCAGCUGGCGAAUGAAAGAGAUGAACUUGACAAUGCAAGGAAUAAGUUGGAAGCCAAGGCCAAGUUUUAUGAGAAGAUGACAAAAGAUGGGUUCAUCCCAGAGAAUGAUUCCGAUGAAAGAUUUUUGGUUGACUUUGAGAGGAAGGCUUUGGAUCAAAGAGAAGAAUUCAAGCGGAGAGUUGAAGAACUUGAGAGGGAAGAGGAGACAAAUGAGAAGGAAAUUCCACCACCAGCUAAUCCAGAUGAGGAAUGGGUGGACUACACAGACACACUGGGACGCUCAAGACGCUGCAUGAGAAAGGACCUUCCCAAUCUUGUUUCUAUGGAUAAGAGGCUCAAUCCUGAAGUCUACAAAGAACAAGAGAAGGAAGCUGAGAAGAAGAAAGAAGAUUUGCCAGAUCUGAUGUCAAAUGACAUGUAUCGGGAGAUGCUUCGGAAGAAGUGGGAGGAGGAGGAGGAGCAAGCAGCGAAAGGGCCGCUUGGCUCCACCCAUUAUCAGAAUCUGAAAUAUGAUGAGGUCCGUGAUAUGGGCGUAGGGUACUUUGACUUCUCCAAGGAUCAGACAGAGAGAAAUGAGCAAAUGGAUACUUUACAACUCCUCCGAGAUGAGACCAUGGGUCAGAGGGAGAGGAGAGAAAAGUUGAAGCUGAAGAGGAAAGCUGCCAUGAUAGCCAGACUGGAGAAGAUCAAGGAAAGAAAACGACAGAAGGGAGAAGUGAUCGAAGAUGAAGAGGAGAAAGAAGAGGAGAAGGAGGAGAAGGAAGAUAAGAGAUUGACAGAAGGUGUAGAGAAGGACACAAAGCCCAAGGAGAGCAAAGUCAGAGAGUGGGAUAUUGGAAAAGAGCCAGUAUCAGCCUGGGAACAGAGGCUAACCAACAUGAGGGAUGAGAGACCAGCGGAGUUUGCCCCUCCGUCCAUCUACAAUACAGCUAGCCAUAGGAGAGGUCAAAAUCAACCACCUCUAUACCCCCCGCCAAAGGACUACAACUCUACCUUCCCAAAUAUAACCACAGAAAGGACUGUCAAGAAGCCUUUUACCCCAAGAUCGUCAGACAUUUCCCCGCCAGAUGUUGGUUAUCAGGAUUCCUCUCUUGAUGCGGGUCAACGGAGCAAAAUGAGCUUGCCACCUCCAAGGGACUAUUCAUCGGUGUAUGGGAGGGUCAAAGAAACGACUGGGCAGAAGUCUAGCACUGCUACAUGGUCACAGUGGAAUGCACCCAGUGGGUCAUUGGAGUUGAAUCGACCAUUUGCUACAGGAGGGGGGUUUGGAUGUACCAGCAGUGGAGGGACAUCAGAACGGACUACAACAGCGAAUACGCCUACAGCUACAGUUGAGUCCGUUGAUACAAGGGUUGAGGAUAGCGAGGGAGCCAUAGCUUCGGCUUUGUCAUUUUUCAGGAAAAAUGCAGGAAAGUGAAUGAUUUUCCUCGCUGCUGGAUUACAGUGAGAAAAUGAAAAAAAAAUUGUAUUUGAAAAUUAUUAUUUUUGUUAUGCCAAUAUUUCUCAAUACCUCUAAACUGCUCCAAUACUUUGAUGUAAUUUCUAAGUCUCAUCAGGAUCCAUCGAUCCAUCUAUUUCAGAUUUAUGGUGCAUCAGGUAUUGUUGUUCUUUUUAAACAUUUUUUUUCCAUUAUCGGUUUUUGUUAAUCGUAUAGACAACCAAAUUGUAAGAAUGAAAAAUUUCUUAAACUUGUAGCAAAUAAUGUGCUGAAUUAAUAUGCUCCCAUUUAUAUAAACUGUUUAUUCUUCUUGCUCUUGCCUAUUUUACAUCCAUAUUCCUCAAAUAUCUUUGAGUAUUUUUAGGAUCCAUUCUCUCCUUGCUCUAGUCUUUAUGUUCCUUUCUAUUUCUUGUAAGGACGUUCCACAGUUCAAAUCGCUCACUAUCAAGAUUUUUAUGUGAAAAUUUCAAACUAAUUAUUUCUAAAACUAAACAAAGUCAUUGCCACUCCACUGAUAUCCAUGAAUGCUUCAUUCAUGAGGGCUUGGGCAUUGGACGAUCGCUCAUUUCCAGUAAUUUUGUGCGCAGAAACGUGUCUCUUAUACCCAUUAUUAUUCUGUCCUUGAUCAAGCUAUCUUGUAAAUGACUCAAGGCACAUGUUGCUGCUUUCCCGUUCAAAUCAGUCACAAAUUUGUCCAUUGUUUCACACCCUUGCUGUACUUGUGUAAGAAAAAUGUGUUGUUCAUAUGAAAAUGAUUGUCAAAUUUUAUAUGAGCGUGUCUUUGUCUUCUCCAUAGGUGAAUGUGUUGUAAAUUUGAUUGCCUCUUGGCCAGCCACAUGGGGUAACGCGUUGACUUGCACGGUUUUUGGUUUGUUACUUGGGCUGCUUGCAGAUUUGUCCAUCGCAA